AUGCUUUUAGAUCCUCAAAGAAUGGAAGAGAAUUUUGACGAUGGAAGUUUGGGAUCGGAGAUGAUACUAAGUGUUUCUUUUCAUCCUCACCCAUUAAUACGAAAUGAUGAUUAUGAAGAAGAAACAAUAUUUGUGUGUGAUAGAUGUGAAGAACUUUGUAUUGGUUCACGUUAUAGCUGUAAACUUUGUUUUUUCGACCUUGACAACAAAUGUGCUACUUCAAAAGAUGAAACCCAAAAAGUGAGAAAAGUCAAAACCAUAGUCAACCAUUUUAGUCACCCCCAUCUAAUUACACGAUGCAAGAUUGGCAUUUUACAAACAGAGCCAGACUUUGAUUUGACUUGCAUGGCAUGUAGACAACGCCUAUGCGGUAUAAUAUAUGCUUGCACUUAUUGUUCAAGAUUCUUUCUACACGAAUUUUGUCUCAAGCACAUACCGGAGGAAGUUCAAAGCUCGUUCCAUCCACAACAUCCUCUUCCCAUAUUUCCGUUCCCAUACGAGUCGGGACCUCCAUGCAAAGCCUGCAAUGAAGACGUUGAAGGCAUGCUGUUCUUUUGUGUAGCAUGCAAUUUCCCAAUGCACUAUUCAUGCGCUAAGUAUCAAUUUCGUGAGAUAAAACAUAAUUGCCAUGCCGAUCACCAUCUUCUACAUUUGGGGAAAGGUUUUUUCGGUGAUGAAUCUCCCCAAUGUGAUGCAUGUGGUGAAGCUUGUAAGGACACGUUGUUCAGCUGCCUCAAGUGUUUGUUUUAUAUACAUCUUGAAUGCAUUUCACUACCUUCCGUCGUCAAGCACAAACGUCAUUUGCAUCCAGUUGUACUCACAACUUUGGUGUUUGAAAAUGAUUAUGAAGAAUACUAUUGUGAUACAUGUGAAACACAAAGAAACCCAGAGCAUGACAUUUAUUAUUGCAAAGAAUGCAACUAUAUUUCACAUAUUGACUGUGUGCUUUCAGAGGUUGAACCUCCGGAAAAGAUAAUUCAGUGUCUAAUUCCACGUUCAAAAGGAAAUUGAUUAAAAAGGUGGUCAUCAAUGAAAAAUAAUUCCUUGAACAUUUGCAAGUAAACUUAUAAUAUUUAAACUU